AGUGGGUCGCACAGUUUGUAGCUCAUUGCACAACCCAGGGGCUCCCUGCUUCUCUCCAUCCCGAACCCACAAGCUCUCUGGGUGUCCCCCUCACAUCCCCCUCUAUUCUAGAGAGUCCCAGCAACUCUCCCCAAUCUCCCACCAUUGCAGGGGUUCUGUGUGCUCCCUAUUUCCCUGUCCUCCCAGACCAGGGUCCCCCAAUUCCUCCCCUAUCACACAUACUUCAGGGUGCAAAGCUCAGAUCUUUGAAGGAGAAGGGGGCAUUGGAUCCAGCUACAAGCAGUGCCCGAAAAGCAGUUCCACCCGAAAAUGGUUCCAUCUUUACUCCCCGAACCCUUGAUCUUCACUAGAAUAACUUUUAAUUUGUUUUUAAUUAAAAUGUGCAGUAUGAACGAAAUAAUUUGCUUUCUGGAUUUUUAUUUUAUUUGGUACAAGAUUUCUAGGUAACAUAUUUGGCAGGUGUUCCCCAUAUUGCAAUAGCACUUUGGAAGCAUUUGCAGAGACUGACAUCUGAAGAAGGAAAACCACGUUGCACAGCGUGCCGAAGACAGACCCUGAAUCGAUACGCGCACAUAGAGGAGAGAUUUAUUUAUUUAAUUUAUAUAUUUAUUGGAAAUUUAUUUAAAUUAUUUAUUUGGAAGAUUGUUGAUCGUGUGACUAAUUCCCUGGAGAGAGGAAUCAGCUUUGAAAUUUCCUUCGAAGGUUUUUGGUUUUUUUUAAUGAUGAUCAUGUGAACCAGAGAACAAAAUUUUAGAAGCAGAGCAAUUUUAUUUUGGAAAUCUAUCUAUCUAUCUAUCUACCUAUCUAUCUAUCCCCAGACAUCCCCUCUAUCUAUCUAUCUAUCUAUCUAUCUAUCUAUCUAUCUAUCUAUCUAUCUAUCUAUCCCCAGACAUCCCCUCUAUCUAUCUAUCUAUCUAUCUAUCUAUCUAUCUAUCUAUCUAUCUCCAGACACCCCCUCUAUCUAUCUAUCCAUCUAUCCUGAUACACACCCAUCCGUCUAUCUAUCCAUCCAUCCUUUGAAAAGAUGAUGCUCAAUUCAGACCAGACGGAAAUCGACGUGCCCCCGUCUCACUCAGAGACAGAGUCAGUCUUUAGCGACUGUGGUGGGGGCGGUGGCCGUGGGGCCGGAGUGGAGGAGGCCGGCGGCAUCGGCUUGUGUGCCCAGUCCCGGCUAGCUGAGCCGGGCGAGGCUCUGAAAAAGGACCUGCAGCACCUGAGCCGAGAGGAGCGGCGGCGGCGGCGGCGUGCCACGGCUAAGUACCGGACGGCCCAUGCCACGCGGGAGCGCAUCCGCGUCGAGGCUUUCAACAUGGCCUUCGCUGAGCUGCGCAAGCUGCUGCCCACCCUGCCCCCUGACAAGAAGCUCUCCAAGAUCGAGAUCCUCAGGCUGGCCAUCUGCUACAUCUCCUACCUGAACCACGUGCUGGACGUCUGAGCCACCGAGCCCACAUCCGUCUGUCCGUCUGUCUGCUACAUCUCUGACCUGAACCACGUGCUGGACAUCUGAGCCACCGAGCCCCUGUCUGUCUCUCCGUCUGUCUGCUACAUCUCUGACCUGAACCACGUGCUGGACAUCUGAGCCACCGAGCCCACAUCCGUCUGUCCAUCUGUCUAAUACAUCUCUGACCUGAACCACCGUGCUGGACGUCUGAGCCACCAAGCCCACAUCCGUCUGUCCAUCUGUCUAAUACAUCUCUGACCUGAACCACGUGCUGGACGUCUGAGCCACCGAACCCACAUCCGUCUGUCCGUCUGUCUGCUACAUCUCUGACCUGAA